AUGAUGCAACAACAUCUUCGCACGGAUCCUGGAGUUGAAAAUCCCAUUCAAGAGCUUCAGAUCAAUACAAUGAAUGUGAUGGAUAUAUUGCAUAAGGAGAGUGAUUUCGUAAAGAUGAGAAAUAUAGUUCAACUUGAAGAGAAUAUCCGAAAGUUGAUGGAAUCGCAGAAUACUCGGGUACAAGAAGUCAUCAAUACACUCACUCAAACCUUGAAUACAGCAGAGAAUUAUAGCCAUAUGAAAACAUUAAUGGAAGAACAUGAGGAGAAAAUGAGAAUUUUGAAACGAGAGAUGGAUGAUCUGAACUUUUCUGUCAGCAAUUAUGAAGGAAGGCUUUCCGAAGUUGAAACGGAGAUUCAAGAAGCCAUGCAAAAAUUCGAAGCAUUGAGACAAGAGGAACAAGAAAUACAACACAAUAUUGAAAAUUGGAUAGAGCGAGACAAAAAUCUUAACUUACUGUAUAAUUUUGUGGCUCCAGUGGAAUGGGAUAUGUCAAGUGGAGGAAAAUUAUGUUCUCUCACUUCCACAAAAGAUUCAACCUGUAUUUGUCUCAACUUUGAAGAAAUGGAUCAAGAAUCUAUUCAUGAAUUUCUUUUUGACCAAUUGAACGACCAUGCUGUACAUAUAUAA